AUUCACAUUCAUUUCUGCAGCCAAUCAAAUUUGUGCCAACCUCAACCUGCGCCUGUGCGGCGAUAAAUCCAAGAGGGCGCAAAGCAAGUGGAGUGAACGAGUUAGUUCAGUAAAGUUCAGUUGAUUCUAUGAUUUCUUCCGCGUUUGUUUAGUCGUGAAAUAAUACAAGUGUGCUGUGCCAGGAACCGCGAUGCAACCGGAGUUGUUUAGCCACUCACCGAACUAAAAUGGCGUCUGUGUUUAUCAAUUAGUCUAAGCGCUAUGUGCUAUCGUUCCUCAGUGGUAUUGUCCAAGUGACUCAUUUAAAGUUAUAGCAAUGACACUUUUAUAGCGCACACAGUGAGAAUUUGAUUCGAAGGUUGUGCAGGCGGAGUUCCAUGCGCUGGCAGUGAGUCGUAAAGAACGUAAUAAUGCGCGAGUUUAAAGUGGUCGUGCUGGGCUCGGGCGGGGUCGGCAAGAGUGCCCUCACAGUGCAGUUCGUGUCCGGAUGUUUCAUGGAGAAAUAUGACCCCACCAUAGAGGACUUCUACAGGAAAGAAAUCGAAGUGGACACCUCUCCAUGCGUGCUAGAGAUCCUGGACACGGCCGGCACGGAGCAGUUCGCGUCGAUGCGGGACCUGUACAUCAAGAACGGGCAGGGCUUCGUGGUGGUGUAUUCGCUGACCAACCACCAGACGUUCCAGGACAUCAAGCCCAUGAAGGAGCUGAUCACGCGCGUGAAGGGCUCGGAGCGCGUGCCCAUCCUGCUGGUGGGCAACAAGUCGGACCUGGAGCACCAGCGCGAGGUGGCGGCCAGCGAGGGCGAGGCGCUGGCGCAGCUGUGGGGCUGCCCCUUCGUCGAGGCCUCUGCCAAGAGCCGCACCAAUGUCAAUGAAAUGUUCGCCGAGAUUGUGCGUCAAAUGAACUUUAGUCCUGAUGACGUUAAGACACCUUAUUGUUGUUGUACAGUGCUUUAAUAUUUAGUGUAUAAUGUGGCAUUUAUUUCUCGUAAGACUGCAAGGCGAGGCGGGUAAGUGCUCCAGCCCGUCGCGACGUCGCGCCCGCCGCCCCGGCCGCCCGGAGGCGCUGCCCCGGCCGCCGGCCCCGCUGCCCGGCCGCCCGGGGAGGGCCAGCGCUGGGGCCGCGAAGCACGUCAUAUCAACUUGUUAAUAUCUUUGAUACAUACCAUUGUCCAAUUGAGGUGCUUUAUCUUAUAUUUUCAUACUUUAGUACUGGUAGAUACUCCCGCAAUAAUAUUAUGUAAAAUGAACAAAGAUCCUUACAAAAACAAUGGCAUAUACAUACCUCAUUUUUGAAAGCUAGAGAUAAUCAAAAGCAGGGAUGCAUGGCGAGAUAGUGUCAGAAUUUUAAACAAAAACCUAAUGUAAAAUAUUAAACUUAAUGUUAGUCAACUUUGUAUAUAAUGUCAUAAACUCAUAAGUGAAAUAUUGGCUGGAUAGAAGGAAAUAGGAUGGAUUAGGAAGUUAUUUUAGAGGCCCGCAGGAGAUGCAAUUAGCUAUGAUUGAGUGGUGAGGCUUCGGACGGAACAUGUUAACCCCUAAGUCAAGUCACAGAUUGUGUUUUAUUGUGUAAAUUAUGUUUAUAAGAGAAAUCAGUAAUCAAAGAAAUACAGUAAGAUUGUCAGUUGCGUGAUUGUGUUUUAAAAGUCUACCAGGAUUUGUGAUAAUACAUAUAACAAAGUAUCUAUAAUAAAAGUUUUAAGUGGGAGAUUAAA